GGGAAUUCAUUCACCCGAAAUCUAAACACGAGUUACCAUAGUUACCAGCAUGGGUAUCUUCACGUACCUGGCUCUGACGGUUUCCAUGGCAACGAUGUACGCCGGCGGCGCCUUCACCAACGACUGGGACAAGCCGUUCGACUACAGGUGCCCCCUGAGUCAGACCAUCAGCUACAUCUACAGUGAGCACAACAACUUCUUCGAGGACCGGAAGUGGGAGUUUUAUUGCCGCUCUGUGGGUGAGACAGCAGAUUGUGAGCAAAGUGGCUAUGUAAACCAGUUUGACCAGCUGCUACACUAUGUGUGUCCACGUGACAAGUUCAUCACUGGCAUCGCGAGUUACCAUGACAACCACUACGAAGACCGCAGGUUCCAAUUCCAGUGCUGCAGGGCCACCGGCAGAAACCUGACCGGAUGUUUCAUGACAGGUGACGCGAACACCUGGGACCAGAAACUGACAUUUAUGGUCCCCGUGGGUAUGGUGAUAAACGGCGCCUACAGCACACACAACAAUUAUUACGAGGACAGGAUAUGGAGGUUCCAGAUUUGCUACGUGUAAAACUUUUUUUUUUUUUUGUAAAUGAAAUAAUGUUUAUUUGGUGUUUUAUAAAGUCAUUCGUGUAAAACUUCAUUAAAACUUUGUUUUAUAUGUAUUUUAAUGGAAUAUUAUCUACUUCGAUCAACUUUUAAGUUUAAUAAUUUGACACUUUUUCUUUCGGUGUGUAUUGUACAAUAUAUUAAACAAUGAAAUGUUAAUCAAAUAUAUAUU